AUGCUGUCGACUACUAGAAGCUCUCGUCGACUUCAAUCAUGCUUGACUACGCUGACGCGGAAGAUGAGCUCCACAAUUCAGAAGGAUAAGUUCAAGAUUGUUGUCGUAGGGGCAGGUACUGGGGGUCUGACUGUAGCAAAUCAGCUAUAUGACCGCUUCAAAGCUGCCGGGAAGGCCUUGAACAAAGGGGAUAUUGCUAUUGUUGAUGCUGCCGAGUAUCACUACUACCAGCCUGGAUGGACGUUGGUCGGUGCCGGUUUAAAGCCGAAAACAGAUUUUCGGAAGCCAGUCGCGUCCUUGAUACCCAAUUAUAUAUCCCAUAUCACAGAAAACGUCGCUUCCUUCAACCCAUCCAGGUCGGCGAUUACUACUACUUCUGGACGACAGCUGUCGUAUGAUGCGUUGGUGGUCUCGACCGGCUUGCAGAUCAACUGGAACGCGGUCGAGGGCUUGCCCAAAGCCCUUUCAGAUUCAUCAUCGGGGGUAUCGUCAAUUUUCUCCUAUGAUACGUGCGACAAGGCAUGGCAAGAUAUUGAUGCCCUGCAAAGUGGUCGAGCCAUCUUCACGCAGCCCUCCGGCGUCAUGAAAUGCCCUGGUGCGUCACAGAAGAUCAUGUGGAUGGCAUGGGAUAGAUAUCGGACGACUGCCCGUGCCGAUAACGUCAAGGUCAGAUACUUUACAGGAAACCCUGGCAUGUUCAGUGUCAAGAAGUACUCGGACGCCCUGAAUACACUACGUAUUGAACGUGGAGUUGAUGGGUAUUUCCAACAUAACCUAGUCGCCGUCGAUACCGCGAACCGAAAAGCUACCUUCAAAAAGGAAGACGGGUCCUCCAUCGCCGUGGAUUACACCCUGUUGCAUGUGACACCCCCAAUGGGCCCGCUGGACGUAUUGAAGGGCUCUCCGAUAUCCGACGCCGCUGGGUGGGUUCAAGUGGAUAACGGCACACUCCAACAUGUCAACCCGGAAUACAGCAACAUCUUCGCCUUGGGGGACUGCUCGUCUUUGCCUACAGCCAAGACGGCUGCUGCGAUUACUGCCGAAGCGCCUGUCUUAACGGAGAAUCUAUUCUCCGUGAUGGACACAGGCAAGUUGAGUGAGGCGCGAUACGAUGGAUACACCAGUUGUCCGUUGUUGACAGGCUACGGUGAGCUCAUGUUGACAGAAUUCAAGUACGGAUUUGUUCCGAAGGAGUCCUUUUCGUCCUUCCUUGGGGAUCAAUCGAAGCGCAGUCGGCUGUACUAUCACUUCAAGAAGGACCUUUUCCCGUGGGCGUAUUGGAAUGCAAUGGUGAAGGGCAAGUGGUUCGGAACCAACGCCUUCUGGCGGCCGAGUUUCCGAGUCUGA